ACCAUGAUGGCUUUGUCAAUGGUCCUUGUUUUCCUGCUGGUUCUGAGCAGAAGUGAGAGCAAAUUGGAUGCAAAGAUCCCAUCCCCAGGGGAGGCCACAGAAAGAAGGGAUCCUGAUCAGUCCCUGCCAGGACCCUGCCAGCCAGCCCCCUCCUGCCAGAAGUGCAUCCUUUCACAUCCAAGCUGUGCGUGGUGCAAGCAACUGAACUUCACGGCAUCUGGCGAGGCGGAAGAGCGACGCUGCGCCACUCGUAAGGAGCUACUGGCUCGGGGUUGCCCCCCCGAGGAGCUGGAGGAGCCCCGAGGCCAGCAGGAGGUGCUGCAGGACAAGCCGCUCAGCCAGGGCAUCCGGGGCGAGGGGGCCACGCAGCUGGCCCCGCAGAGGGUGCGGGUCACACUGCGUCCGGGGGAGCCCCAGACCCUCCAGGUCCGCUUCCUCCGGGCAGAAGGAUACCCUGUGGACCUGUACUACCUUAUGGACCUGAGCUACUCCAUGAAGGACGACCUGGAGUUCGUGCGCCAGCUCGGGCACGCCCUGCUGGUGCGACUGCAGGAGGUCACCCAUUCUGUGCGCAUCGGCUUUGGCUCCUUCGUGGACAAAACGGUGCUGCCCUUCGUGAGCACAGUGCCCUCCAAGCUUCGCCACCCCUGUCCCACCCGGCUGGAGCGCUGCCAGCCGCCUUUCAGCUUUCACCACGUGCUGUCUCUGACCCGGGACGCUGAGGCCUUUGAGCGGGAGGUGGGGCUCCAGAGUGUGUCUGGCAACUUGGAUGCACCUGAAGGUGGCUUUGAUGCCAUUUUGCAGGCUGCACUCUGCCAGGAGCAGAUUGGCUGGAGAAAUGUGUCUCGUCUGCUAGUGUUCACUUCCGAUGACACAUUCCACACAGCUGGGGAUGGGAAGCUGGGUGGCAUUUUCAUGCCAAACGAUGGGCACUGCCACUUGGACAGCAAUGGCCUCUACAGUCGAAGCCCAGACUUUGACUACCCCUCUGUGGGCCAGGUAGCCCAGGCUCUCUCUGCAGCAAACAUCCAGCCCAUUUUUGCUGUCACCAGACCCACGCUGCCUGUCUACCAGGAGCUGAGUAAGCUGAUUCCUAAGUCCGCAGUGGGGGAGCUGAGUGAGAAUUCCAGCAAUGUGGUACAGCUCAUCAUGGAUGCUUACAAUAGCCUGUCAUCUACUGUGACCCUUGAACACUCUACACUCCCUCCUGGGGUCCACGUAUCUUACAAAUCUUAUUGUGGGAGUGAUGAAGAGAGGGAUGGCGAGGCUGCGGACCGCGGCCAGUGCAACCAUGUCCGUAUCAACCAGAUGGUGAAUUUUUUGGUUACUCUCCAAGCUACCAAUUGCCUCUCAGAGCCCCAUCUUCUGAGGUUCCGCGCUCUUGGCUUCUCAGAGGAGCUGACUGUGGAGCUGCACACUCUGUGUGACUGUAACUGCAGUGACAACCAGCUCCAAGCUCCCCACUGCAGUGGUGGUCAGGGGCACCUACACUGUGGGGUGUGCCGCUGUGUUCCAGGCCGCCUGGGUCGACUCUGUGAGUGCUCUGAGGCUGAGCUGUCCUCCCCAGAUCUGGAAUCUGGGUGCCGGGAACCCAAUGGAAAGGGGCCCCUGUGCAGUGGGAAGGGGCAGUGCCAGUGCGGACGCUGCAGCUGCAGUGGACACAGUUCUGGGCGCCUGUGCGAGUGUGAUGAUGCCAGCUGUGAGCGACAUGAGGGCAUCCUCUGUGGAGGCUUUGGCCACUGUCAAUGUGGCAAGUGUCACUGUCACAGCAACCACACGGGCACAGCAUGUGAGUGCAGUGGGGACAUGGAUGGCUGCAUCAGUCCUGAUGGAAGGCUCUGCAGUGGGCAGGGACACUGCAAGUGCAACCGCUGCCAGUGCUCGGACGGCUACUAUGGUGCGCUGUGUGACCAGUGUCCAGGCUGCAAGACACCAUGCGAGAGACACAGGGACUGUGCAGAGUGUGGGGCCUUUGGGACUGGUCCCCUGGCCAUCAACUGCAGCAUGGCUUGUGCCCAUGCCAAUGUGACUCUGGUUUUGGACUCUAUCCGGGAUGAUGGCUGGUGCAAAGAGAGGACCCUGGACAACAAGCUGUUCUUUUUCCUGGUGGAGGAUGAAGUUGGAGGCAGAGUCACACUGAAAGUGAGACACCAAGAAAAGGGAGCAGACCACACCCUGGCCAUUGUGCUAGGCUGUGUGGGGGGCAUUGUGGCAGUGGGGCUGGGGCUGGUCCUGGCUUACCGGCUCUCAGUGGAAAUCUAUGAUCGCCGAGAAUACAAUCGCUUUGAAAAGGAGUGGCAGCAGCUCAAGUGGAAGCAGGAGAGCAAUCCUCUCUACAAAAGUGCCAUCACAACCACUGUCAACCCCCACUUUCAAGUGAUGGAAAGUCCCCUUGCCUGAAGGAGUGACACCUGGCUGCCUUCUACUGCAACCUUGGUUACAAGGAUUGGGGGUUACCCCACCAGCAUGUACAAUAAAGUCUUACUUCAGAUUGCAGAUGUCAUUUGCUUUACCCCAAAGCCUUUGCCUUUUGCCACCUAAGGGCAGGGAGAGGUGUUCAACCUUGAAUGUGUGGGAGAGCCAGUAU